GAAGAAGAACUUUAGCUGAAAAGAUACAUUUAUGGCCUAUCACUGCAUUAGUAGUUGUUGUUUUUAAAGAGAGAAGGAAACGUGGUUCACACUCCAUACCAGUUGGUGGCAGAAAUGCACCCGUUCGUUGCGCACCAACCGCCAAUAAACUGAAGAAGAAGAACUCUCGCGAUAUUCCAGUCGUGUCCUUGAUGCAGAAAUGGGCUACUGGGAUCUAGAAGAGGGCAAAGACUGCGUUGGCAAAACAUGGAUCACCACAAAAAUAGCCACUGCCAUCGGGCUGGUAGGUUCUGCUUACCACAUUGUGGCAUUUCCACCUGAAACAGCUGUUGAGGCUUUGACCAGAGCAACAUCAGGCACUGUCACCAUGGCUGCCAUGGGCGCCAUCUUUGGAAUGGCCACUUGUCUAAGCGCACAGGCCAGAGAUGCACCUGACAGCCCAACCAACUAUUUCAUCGGUGGAUGUGCUUCGGGUAUUUUCCUCGGGGCACGAACACACAGUGCUGUCACAGGUACCGCAGCGUGUUUUGGUCUGGGAACUUUGGCUAUGUUCACCAAGAUUGGAAAAAUGGAAGGCUGGAGACUCACAGGACCCCCAAAACUGUGACCUGAUAUGUCCCCUAGUGCUUGAUGUGUUUAUAUUGUAUAUUGCUUAAAUAAAUGAUUACGAUUAAAAGUC